UUUAAGUUUAAGAAGAACAAGGCGCAGUGUUUGAAAGUGUUAAUGAUAUUUAAAUAUUAAUAUACAUUUUAUAAAGCGACAAGAUCCUAUUUUUGUUGAAAUUGAGAAAUAAAGAUUAAUUGUAACUAGAAAAAUGACGGACUUAAGAUCGCACAACAGUGAGGAAGAAGUUCCACAAAAUUUAACAGUGUCCAAAUUUACUGCAGCCCGCGGUAAAGAAAUACAAAUUAUGAAAUCUGCUCUUGCCAACACAUCAGGUACAAAAUUAGCCUUUCAAAAGCUUCCAAGGCAUAUGAGACGAAGAGCUAUGUCUCAUAACGCUAAGAGAUUGCCAAGACGUCUUCGAGAAAUUCAUUUAAAUCAAAUGAAGAAGUCAGGUUUAUUAAUUCAGCAAAAACGUCCUUCACGCAAAUAUAGACGUAGGCUUAAUAAUUUGACAAGUGAUUAUAUGAGAAGGCAGAAAAGAUAUAAAUGGUUAAACACUCAUCUGUGGCAUGCCAAAAGAUUUCAUAUGAUUGAAAAAUGGGGAUACAAAUUACCUCUUCGUACUUGUGAUAAAACUUAUAGAGCCUGUUAUAGAGCAACUAUUAACCACUGCUUACUACAAGAUAUUUCAUAUUACAAUUGUGUAGAAAUAACCGGAGCUCGUGAUGCCAUUAUAGAUAAUUUUAAAAAAAUUUCAGAUCCUCAUUUGGGUUUAAGCAUAGCAGCAAAGGCAUAUUCAAAAGGCUCUAGGGAAGGUGGUAUUACCAUCUUUAAGAUGGAUAACAAGAAAGCUAUUGGAACUAUUUAUUUUAAUUGGAAACCUUCCCUAGUUCAAAAUAAACAUGUAUUAUGGAUUUGGAUACAUGCUGCUUAUUAUUCUGAAGCCUUAGAUACGUUAAUUUCUUGUUUUGAUUUAAAAGCCAGUAGUAUGGAAGUAGACUGUUCAAAUGAAGGAAAAUCUUAUACAAAUUUUAAAAAUAUAGAAUUAAAAGAACUAAACUUAAACAGAUUCAGACUAACAGGUCCACUAGCAAACUGUAUUCUUCAAAAUUGUUUUCAUCUAGCAGAAAGUAAUGAAAACAUUUUAGAAUGGGAAAAAUAUUACACCACAGACAUAAAAUCUCAAAGAGAAUACUGGUCCAAUUUAAAAAAUAUUUCUGCCAUUAACGAAUUACCGCCUCAUAUGAUUUUAUCUCUAAUUAUUGAAGAUCCUAGAUUACAUCUUCCAAAAAAACGUACAAAAUCUUUACCAGAAAUUGCAUCUUCGCAGAAUAUUUAUCCAUUACCUGAAUUUCUUGCAGAAGGUCCUAUUUGGAGCGAUUUUAUUAGAAAGAACGCAGCAGAUAUUAAACCUUCCAAUUCUAAGCUAACUGAAUUGCGCAAAAACUUAUUAGUCCCAGGGUCAGACUUGGAAGAAAAAGCAGUACCAGUUCCUAUUAUGCUUAUACAGAGACCAGGGAAAAGAAAUCAACAGCAUAUUGGAUACAGUAGUGGUUGGGAUAUAAUUAUUCCAUCCGGUUGGGCUCAACCUAUUUGGAUUUCAUUGAUAAUGUGGGGCGCCAGACCAGGUGGCUUAAAAGAAACAAAUUCUAUCAUAUUUGAAAUGAACCAACCAUACCAGUUAUAUCCUGAUACAUCAGCAGGAGAAGAGGAAGAACUGUCAAUUUCAAAACAAUGUAAAGAAGUGUAUUUCAAGCUGCCACCAAAUAAAAGAACAAAUUAUAACAAAUUUAAAAUAGCAAGUCCAUUUGACUGGAAUUGGCAACUGUUACUAAAUGAGUGGAACGAAAAAGCAGAGCCAAUUAAGGAUUUUUUUGUCUUAAGAGAUCAGAAGCAGUUAAAAAUGAUACAGGAUGUAUUAUCUUCUAAAUCAAAAAAUGUUGAACAACUAGAAUGCUUCCAUAACUGUUUAAUUCCAGUGAGCAUAAGAUUUGCAAGCAAAGGUUUAUGUAAAAAGUUUGCUAUAAUUUGUCUUCCCCAAGAAGGAGAUGUAAAAAAAGUACCUGUUGAAGAAAACUGUCCAGACAAAAAUGAAAAGUUAAGGAAAGAAUUAACGAAAAACCAUAGAAUAUUAUUAAAAAGAUUGAGACGAAGAAGAGUUAGAGCCAAAAGAAAUGGAAAGAUUAUUCCCAUUGAUAUGGAUAUAUUAAAAAACUAUAAAAGCAAAGUGAAAGAACUGUGGCUUCCUCAGGCAACCAGUAUAAGGCAUUCAUGUUCCAGAGAAGUUAUAGGUUUUGUGAGAGAUGGCGACUUCAGUUUUUUAUUGGGAGAAAGUAAAGCAGUAGGGUAUAUAACUAUGAAUGCAUUGCCUAUUCUACUAUCGUUAAAAUUUAGACGAAAUGUAUUAGUCAGAAAUACAAAUUCGAAACAGUAUAGAUUAGGAAUUUUAGAAAUUAUAUUAACAUAA